GCUGUCCAGCAGGAGUGCAGGACAACGUGCCAAGGAACCGGGGACUCCACCUCCCGCAAGGCCGCACCGCGAGCUCGCCACCGGCGAGGCCACUAGAAUAAAGCGAGCGAACCCAAUGCAGGCCGCCAUCACCACCACCGCCACCACCGUCUGCGCGCACCCGCACACGAAGCCAUCGUCGGCCCCCUUCCUCCGGCUGUCCCCUCCAGCUUGCCGCGUCAGCUUCAGCGCUUCUCCGGGCCCGAACGUGAGGGCGACCGCCAUGGCAGCCACGCCGCCGCAGCAGGAGCAGCAGAUGGUCAUCACGCGCCCCGACGACUGGCACCUCCACGUUCGCGAAGGCGGCGUCCUCGAGGCUGUGCUGCCACAUAGCGCGAGGCAUUUUGGGAGGGCUGUCAUCAUGCCCAACUUGAAGCCGCCGGUGACCACGACGGCGCGCGCGGUGGAGUACAGGGAGCAGAUCAUGCGGGCGCUGCCGCCCGGGAGUAGCUUCGUGCCACUCAUGACGCUUUACCUCACGGAUAAUACUAGCCCGGAGGAGAUCAAACUCGCAAGAAAGAGUGGUGUAGUCUUUGCUGUGAAGCUGUAUCCUGCUGGAGCAACUACCAAUUCCCAAGAUGGUGUCACUGAUAUUGGGAAAUGCUUGCCUGUCCUCGAGGAGAUGGUCAGGCAGGAAAUGCCUUUGCUUGUUCAUGGUGAAGUCACAGAUCAACAUGUUGACACCUUUGACCGUGAGAAGGUUUUUAUUGAUAGAAUAUUGGCACCACUUGUACAAAAGCUUCCACAGCUGAAAAUCGUCAUGGAACAUAUCACAACUAUGGAUGCAGUGAACUUCAUAGAAUCAUGUGAAGAAGGUCAUGUUGCGGCAACAGUGACUCCCCAGCAUCUCCUCCUCAAUAGGAACGCUUUAUUUCAGGGUGGCUUGCAGCCACACAAUUACUGCUUGCCAAUACUGAAAAGAGAGAUUCAUAGACAAGCUAUUGUAUCUGCUGUAACAAGUGGGAGUAGACGGUACUUUCUUGGUACUGAUAGCGCUCCCCAUGAUAAACAGAACAAAGAAUGUUCCUGUGGAUGUGCAGGAAUAUACAGUGCUCCUGUUGCCUUGUCUCUUUACGCGAAGGUAUUUGAAGAGGCUGGUGCCCUAGAUAAGUUAGAAGCAUUUACAAGCUUCAACGGCCCUGAUUUUUAUGGCCUACCAAGGAACACAUCCAAGAUUGUCUUGAGAAAGAGUGCCUGGAAAGUUCCAGCAACCUAUAAACACAGUUCAGGGGAGAUUGUGCCUAUGUUUACUGGCAGCACCCUCCAUUGGCUUCCAUCUGAUCAGCCUGAAGAAUAGACAAUGUGCAUUAUUCGACGAUGCACUUGGGGGGAAUCGAUAAGUGGAGUAAUUCCAGUUGCUUUCCUCCUUUUCUGUUAGAAUCAGCAUAGGAAACUGUCUUCAGACAUAAGCUUGCCUUUUGCCUCUACGUAUUCUUGAAGGCAAGAUUAGCGAGAAUAACAUAUUGAAAGCAACGGCGAAAUGUCUGCUUGUUGAGUUAUAUUGUAUCCUGUUGGGAUUGCAGUACACUGUUUUUAAGGGUGGUCUACUGAUCUAGACAUCUGGGCACCCAUGAUGAAUGAAUCAUUGAAUACCAGCUUUGCAGUUACAUCGCUGAAUAAUGAACAUCUCGCGGUUCCUUUGUCACAACUUUGUCCUGUUACUACUUCUGAAUCCUGACCAACUUUAGGACAAUUGUUGUCCGGUUGCUGAGACUAGCAGUUGCAUGCUUUCAGCAAUCUCUCAUCUGUCGUCACAUCACCACCGCCGUCGAUCAGUAGCAAACUCUCACCAUGUGCUCCUCCCUCUGUCGUCAACAUCCAAAUUUUCAUCACCGUCGUCAUCACGGAUGUAACUCAGCAUCGCUCGCAGCUCGCGUGUACUCACAAUGCCCCUCUCCUCCAUCUCCCUUGCUAUUCUAUCAGCAUCCUCCCGCUUCCCGGCCCUCCAUAACUCCUCCACCAAUGCCCUCCUUGUGAUGUCAUCCACCACCCUCCCGGCUCUGGCCAUCUCCCACAUCACCCGCUCCGCGUCUCCGGCCUCUCCGGCCAUAGCCAGCGCGCUCACGAACGCGUUGCACGCUGGCUCCGUCGGCAGGAGUCCCUUCUCGCGCAUUUCGUCGAACAGCUCCCGGGCGUUCCUGGUGCGGCCCUGCGCGCUCAGCCCGUGCACGAGGUAGCUGUACGUGGACGCGUCCGGCUCGCACCCGUACAUGGGCUGCAUCUGGUGGAACACGCGCAGCGCGUCGUUGAGGUGCAGCGACUGCGCGUAGCCCCUGACGAGCACGUUGAGCGUGCGCGUGUCCGGCGGGAUCCCUUCCUCGAGCAUCUGCCUGAACAGCGCCGACACGUUGUCCAUGUACAUGUAGUGGAUCAAGGUGUCGCCGCGGCCGCGGGAGAGCAGCGCGGUGAAGAGCGCGUGGUAUGUGUCGGCGGAGGGGCGCGCCGCGGGGUCGGGGGAGGCGCGCAUGAGGGUGUAGACGUGGAAGGCCUUGCCGAGCCUGCCGAACUGGCAGUAGAAGUAGAGCGCGUCGCGGAGGAGGGGCCCCGGGGAAGGGAGCGAGAGGAGGAGGGAGAAGGAGAGCGCGCAGGCGCGGUCGAAGUCGGCGUAGAGGUCCGCGGCGGCGAGGCGCUUGAUGGCGACGAGGAACGGGGCGGGGUCGGGGCGGAAGGCGGGGAGGCGGAGGGAGUGCGUGAGGAGCGGGAGGAGGAGGCGCGCGUCGGAGGUGGAGGCGAGGGAGGAGGCGAGCACGGGCGGGGUGAGGCGGGACGGGAGGGAUGCGAUGGCCGCCGAGAUGGCGUCGGGGGACGGCGGAGACGGGUUGGGGCCGCGGCGGCUGCGGCGGAAGCGGUGCGGCGUGCGGCGGGAUCGGGUGGAGAAUGGUACGUGGCCGGAGAUUGACGCGGGGGCGGCGGCGGAGGGGAGGAGGCGGCGGAGGAGCGUGGUCAUCGCGGCGGCGGGCGCAUUUGAGUGGAGAGGGACGGGGACUCCAGCCUCCAGGAACGGGUAUUUUUCACACAGGACUUCAGCGCUCCGGCCCGCCCAAAAGGCACCAGACCAGACCCAACCACAGGCACACAACCACUCAGAGGUCACAGAGCACCGGGCUGGAAACAAGAGGCAAAUUCCUCGGUUACGUGGAGGGUGGGGAUGGCCGCCGCCGCCGCCGCCGCCGCCACCACCCUCACGUUGGCGAGUCCUCUCCGGCGUCUCCUCCGUGCCCCCGGAGUCGUCUGCGAGCCGUACUAUUUCAUCGCGCGAGGGCGGUGUAGCGCCGCCAUUGCCGUCGCCGCCGCAGCAGCCAGGGACUCGGCAGCAAAAGGGAGCCUGGACAGGAAUGCAGCCGAGGAAGUCAGGAACAUUCUGGAUAUGGCAGAAAGGGCUUCCAAACGAAGAGAUGUUUUCCACACCAAUUUUCUUACUCCACCUAUAAUACAGGAGGCUAUGUUUGCAAUUGAGAAGUUAGCAGAUAUAAAAGCAGUAGCUCAGGGUGGCUACCCGCAGGCUGAGCGGUGUCGAAUUUCUGUUGGACACCCGGACUCUAUGACAAGUAACCCAGAUGUAGUUGCUGCUUUGAGCAUCUCAGGGAAUUUCCGAUUGGAACCCUGUUCUCAUGGUGACUUUCUCGGUGCCAUCCUCGGAACAGGAAUAACACGGGAGAAGGUUGGAGAUAUUCUUUUACAGGGGGAAAGAGGUGCUCAGGUCCUUGUUGAUCCAGAACUUGUUGACUAUCUGAUUUCUACUCUCGAAAAGGUGGGGAAAGUUGGUGUUUCAUGCACUCAGAUUCCUUUGCUCGCUCUAGAAUAUGAACCACCAAGGUUUUCUCAUGUGAUCUCACACCUUUAUAUAUGAAUCCUGACCAAGUCAUUUAAAACUGUAGAGUCAUCCCUGAGGGUUGAUGCCUUGGCCAGCGCAGGAUUUAAAAUCUCACGCACAAAGCUUGCUAGCUUGAUAAGUGCCGGGGAUGUUCGUGUGAACUGGGCGCCAGUUUUGAAAAAUGGAGUUACCCUCAAAUCUGGAGACGUUGUUUCUGUCAGUGGGAUGGGAAGGUUAAAGAUUGGAGAAAUUGUAACUACUAGGAAAGGAAAGUAUGCGGUUGAGUUGAUUCAAUAUUUGUAAGCUUGGGACUGACCUACAGUCUUUUCACAAGUGGAAUUUAAAGGAUGAAGAAAAGGUCCCGUGGCACCAGUUAAAGCCUUUUUUUUGUCGAAAGAUUAGCUUUUAAGGGAUCUCAAGAAGGGAUGUACUCAAGUCUUUGUGCACCUCGACCUAUUUGUUAUGGUUUUUUCCUUCCUUUU